GGAAAGGCUGAGGCUACAAAACAUGUCCCAGUUCAGACUAGGUUAAGACUGAGCAGAGGAACUGGUCUGGUGAGGCUGGGGCCUGGAGGUGUUCAGACACCAACAUAUAAUGCCACUUCAAAUGGUUCACACGGGAUGACACAUCAGAGAUGCUACAUAGGAUCACACAGGACAUCGGGACAUGGACUAUGAACCGUCUGCAGUUGGAUGAGGAGAAGACAGAGCUGGGUCAAUGGAAGAGGAUUCACGAUAUUCCACUUCUUCGGGCCGCAAAAGAAAAUGAUAUCCAACAACUGAAAGAGCUUCUGGAAGAUGAAAAAUGUGACCCAUUUCAGAGGGGCGCUAAGGGAGAGACGGCUCUACAUGUGGCUGUCCAGUACAAGAACCUGGAGGCUGUGAAUGUUCUUCUAGAUGAGGCACCUGAACUGAUUAACCAGCCUAUGACCUCUGACUUAUAUCGUGGUCAGACUGCCCUACACAUUGCUGCCGUCAACCAGAACAUGAACCUAGUUAGUGCUCUGAUCCACAGAGGUGCCAAUGUCAGAUCUUCAAGAGCUACUGGAAGUUUCUUUGCGCUGAAUCCCAAAAACCUGUUUUAUUUUGGUGAACAUAUCCUUACCUUUGCAGCUUGUGUAGGUGAUGCGGAAAUUGUCAAACUACUUCUAGAUAAUGGAGCUGAUUUGCGGGCCCAGGAUUGCUGGGGCAACACGGUUCUGCACAUUCUCGUUCUACAACCCAAUGCAAAUCUUUUGUGUCAAAUGUUUGACUUCCUGUUGUCCCAGGAUUGCAAACCUCAUGAGAAGCGUCUGAAUGAGAUCACCAACAGACAGGGACUCACCCCACUGAAGUUGGCUGCUGUUGAAGGAAAUGUGGUGAUGUUCCAGCACUUGAUUCAGAAGAAACGAAAAACCCAAUGGACAUUUGGCCCAGUUACUACCGUGAUGUAUGACAUUUCGGAGAUCGAUACAUGCGAAGGACAAUCCAUACUGGAGUUGAUUGCAUUAUCAAACAAGAGCCAGGCUAACAAAAUAUUAAACAUUUCACCUAUAAAAGAGCUGUUACUGAAGAAGUGGAAGACAACCGGGCGCCCAUACAUAUGGAUGUUAUCCAUAAUUUAUCUGAUAUAUAUGGUUUGUGUGUCCCUCUGUUGUGCCAACCGACCUAUCAAACCACGAGAAGACAAUAAGACCAAUUCAAUGGACAUCACCUUGUUUGUUCAGAAAACCCUACAAGAAUCUUACAUCACCUCCACAGACUACCUAAGACUGGUUGGUGAGAUCAUAUCUGUUAUUGGAGCAUGUAUUAUUUUGAUGAUUGAGAUAUCACAGGCUAUGAAAUUUGGGGUAAGGUGCUUCAUCGGUCAUAUAAUAUGGAAGGAUCCAUUCCAUUUGAUGAGAAUUUCCUUCUCCUGUAUGAUCUUUGUGGUUCUGAUCUUGAGGCUGACGAGUACGAAUGGCGAGGUAGUACCCAUGUCUGUCGCCCUUGUGCUCGGUUGGUGCUACCUCAUGUAUUUUGCACGUGGAUUCCAGAUGAUGGGACCUUUCACGAUCAUAAUCCAAAAGAUAGGUUCAACUGAUGUCUUGAAGUUUAUUUGGCGUAUGGCUGUAGUGGUGAUUGGUUACAGCGUAGCUCUGUACAUCGUAUUUGUGCCAGUAGACCAAACAGCUCUUGGCGCAUUUUACCCAUUCGCAAUCUCCUUGGAAAGCACCUAUGAACUCUUCAUGAACAUCCUCAAUGGUCCUGCCAACUAUGCGGUGGACCUCCCUGAAAUGUACAUUCUACUGUACGGCUCAUUUUGUGUUAUUGCCUUUCUUCUGAUGUUCAACUUGCUCAUUGCCAUGAUGGGAGCCACACAUGCAGCUAUGGUGAAGGAGAAGGAAGAACUAUGGAAGGCACAGAUCAAUGAAACAACAGUAAGAAUGGAGCAGAAGUUCCCAAAGAGUUGGUGCUUUGGCUCAAGGACGAAUGAACAUGACUCGGAGGGAAGACAUUACCAAAUUGUGGAAGAGAGAAAAUGGCACCCCUUCCAGCCGCGCGAGACCAGCGACUCCAGUGAAGAGUCAGAGGAGGACACUGAGUCUUGCAAGCCUGCAGAGGAUAGUCAUAUGCUUGCCGGGGAAGAGAUCCCUGUAGAUGUUACUGAGAGAGGGGCAGCAGCAGAAAAAAUAAAACAAAAUGAAGAGAGUACAUGGGAAAAGGAAAGUUAUCAGAUUUAAAAAUCUGCUUCAGUCAUCAAGUAACAUCAUGGGUUGAACUGCCACAUGUGAUGGGGGGCUCUAGUUUGAUGGGGGGGCUCAUGUAUUAAGGGUCUCUCUUGUAUAGGGAUGACUCUGAUGUGAUGAGGGGCUCUUAUAAGAGCCAUUGAUGUAUAGGGGUUCUCUGAUGUGAUGGGGGGAACUCUGGUGUGAAGGGGUGACUCUGUCAUGUAAAGAAGGCUUCUGAUAUGAAAGGGAGUUUUCUUUAGGAAGUAUGGCAGGCGGUGAUGAAUAACAUGCUGUUUCCUCUAGGAAGUGUGGUGGGUGGUGAUGAAGAACAUGCUAUGAUUCCUCUGGGGAGUGUGGUGAGCAAGGAUGAAGAACAUGCUGUUUUUUCCUACAGGGAGUGUGGUGAGCAAGGAUGAAGAAUGUGCUAUGUUUCCUCUAGGAAGUGUGGUGAAAAAAAGAUAAAGAACAUGCUAUGAUUCCUCUAGAAAGUGUGGUGUGUGGUGAUGAAGAAUAUGCUAUGUUUCCUCUAGGGAGUGUGGUGGAUGUUGAUGAAGAACAUGCUAUGAUUCCUCUGGGGAGUGUGGUGAGCAAGGAUGAAGAACAUGCUGUUUUUCCUACAGGGAGUGUGGUGAGCAAGGAUGAAGAAUGUGCUAUGUUUCCUCUAGGAAGUGUGGUGAGCAAGGAUAAAGAACAUGCUAUGAUUCCUCUCUAGGAAGUGUGGCAAGCAAGGAUAAAGAACAUGCUAUGAUUCCUCUAGGAAGUGUGGUGGGCAGUGAUGAAGAACAUGCUAUGAUUCCUCUAGGAAGUGUGGUGGGCAGUGACGAAGAACAUGCUAUGAUUCCUCUGGGGAGUGUGGUGAGCAAGGAUGAAGUACAUGCUAUUUUUCCUACAGGGAGUGUGGUAAACAAGGAUGAAAAAUGUGCUACUGUAUGU